GCUCGUGAUUGGCUGGGCAGCCGUGACGUCACGCGACGUGACUGUCGACGUCGCAGACAUGGCGGAAGUGAAAGUAUAUCCAUUGUGCUGUGUGGUGCAGAACUAUGUUUGGGGUAAAGUGGGUCUGGACAGUGAGGUGGCCCAGUUGGUGGUCGGUGGAGAUCCUCAGGCCGUCAUAGAGGAAGGCAAACCCUAUGCAGAGCUGUGGAUGGGUGCUCAUCCCAAAGGUGAUGCUCUCAUCAAAGACAACAGGAUAUCCCAGAGGACACUUGGACAGUGGAUUGCAGAUUACCCAGGAUGUUUGGGGUCAAAGGUCAAGGACACAUUCCAUGGGCAGCUCCCUUUCCUCUUCAAAGUGCUGUCUGUCAACACGGCUCUGUCCAUACAGGCACAUCCCAACAGGGAGUUGGCUGCGAGACUUCACGCGCAGUUUCCUGAGCAUUACCCAGACAAAAACCACAAGCCUGAGAUGGCCAUCGCUCUCACACAGUUUGAAGGGCUCUGCGGCUUUCGGCCGGUGGCAGAAAUCAUGGCCUUUCUCAAAAAUGUCCCAGAGUUCCGUGUGCUGGUCGGUAAUGAAGCCGCUGAGGAGCUUCAGAACGCUAAAGGAGACUCUGAGCGAACAUCUCUCGCGCUGAAGAAAUGUUUCACACGUAUGAUGAACUGUGAGAAGAAACUGUUUGUCGAUCAGCUCAACAUGUUGGUUAAACGAAUCUCAGAGGAAGAGGCUGCUGGAAAAGACACAUGCAGCAGUAAUGGAGAACUGUUACUACGGUUACACUCCCAGUAUCCGGGGGAUAUCGGAUGCUUUUCCAUCUACUUCCUGAAUCGGAUUGUUCUGCAGCCGGGGGAGGCCAUGUUUCUGGGAGCAAAUGAGCCUCACGCCUAUCUUUCUGGAGACUGUGUGGAGUGUAUGGCGUGUUCUGAUAACACUGUACGUGCUGGACUGACCCCUAAAUACAUCGAUGUGGACACACUGUGUGAGAUGUUGAAUUAUAGCCCCGCUCCUGUCAGCGCCAAAAUCUUCCCCUGCGUGCGGGACAACUCCGACCCCUGCAUCUGCCUCUACGACCCUCCUGUGCCAGACUUCACCGUCAUGAGAAUACAGAUUCCCGCCUCGAUGCGGCAGUACAUCGUGUGUCCGCUGGAAUCUGCCGGAAUCCUAUUAGUUAUUGAUGGAGAGGCUGUCGCCUCCUCUGCCGCCGCUCUCUCUGACAUCACUCUGAAGAGAGGCUCUGUGCUUUUCAUUUCAGCCAAUGAGAGCGUCUCUUUACAAGUGACAUCAUCAACGGGCAUGACCAUGUUCCGAGCCUGCUGUUUACUGUAGAUAAUAAACAUCCUGUGUCCAAACCAACUGGUGAAACGAAUUUAAAAUAGUGCCGAACAUUGUGCUGAAAAAUACACAGCAUAACAAAUAGGCUCUCUUUGGUCUGACUUUUACAAUUAUAAUUAUAAUAUUUACUCUGUUAAAAUUGCCAUGGUUAUCACAAAUAAAUAAUAAUACAAUUAUGAUUGAAGUUCUGCCAUGUUAAAAUCUCUAUGCAUGUCCUUUUAAAAUAUGUAAAAGAAUGAAUGUUUCAGUUUUACCAGUUUUAAGUCAACAUGAAACCGCAUUCGCAACCCAUUUUACUUACGUAACGUAAUGCAUUUUGAAGUGAAGGUGAAAAACUUGAUUUUAUCCAUUGGAAAUUGAUUGGAUGGUGAAAACAAAAAUAAAGUUAAUAUAUUUUGAUUGACAAUUAGACUAUUUUUUUUCUUUGAAAUAUUGUGCACUGAUGACUCAUUCACAAUAAGACCAGGAAAAUAGAGAAAGUAAAUGGAGUCAAUUUUGAUUUCAUGUUGACUUUAAUAUGUACGCUUACGUUCACUUAUCAGGAAUGCACGGAUGCAUGAUUACGAUUUUUUGGCUGCAAAAUAUAAACAUUUUAAAAGCCAAAUUUGUUCCAUUCUAGCUUUUUGCGAAAGGACGUUACACCUUUUGCACAUAAAAAAAAUAAAAUAAAACCCAGAUAGUGGACGGGGGCAUUUUUACCUUUUAUUAAAGUAAAUCAAAUCAGGUUAAAAACGAAUUUUGACCAAUUUUAGCCUUUUUAAGACCAAUUUUUUUCAUGGUAUAACGGUUAAAACAAUGGACUAGAGGCAGACCGAUAUAUCAGUUUUACCGAUUAAUCGGUGCCAAUAGUUACUUUUUGGAACUAUCGGUUAUCUGCAAAAAUCUAUGCUUUUUUUUUUUUUUUUUUAUUAUUCCUCUUAAAACUUAUCUGGUGAAAUUAUAUACAUAUAUACAGAACUAUAAAAAAGGCUAUAGGCUAUAAAAUAAAUCAUAUAGAGCAUUGUAACAGAGCCAAGUCUCUUUAAUUUUUAAAAUAAUAGUCCCCAGUGUAUUUCAGGCUUUUUUUUAUAGUUAAAAGUCCCACGUUAUGCAACAAAUUUUAAUGUCUGGUUAUUAUUAGAAUUUUGGUUGCAAAAUAAACUGCUUUUUUAUUCAUUUUGGACUCUUGUAGCCUUAACGUAUGUGCCUGUUUUAAUAAGGAAAGACUAAAAACACUUUGAUCAUUCUAUAAAUCGGUUUAUACAACUAUCGGCCGAUUAAUCGGUUAUGUGCAUUUUCCGCCACUUUCCACUAUCGGUUGACCGAUUAAUCGUCCGAUAGUUUUUCAAAUUGAUUCAUAGAACGUUAUAACAUUUUCUUAGAUGGCACAGACAUAGAGGCCAGAGGCCAAAAUUAAUAAAAUCCCAGAUUUAGUUUAUUUUUCAACCAAAACCCUAAUAAUAAUCAGAAAAAAAGAACAUCGGGUGCAUAACAUGGGACUUUCAACACUAAACUAGCCUGAAACACACCAAGGACACUUAUUUUUAAAAGAAUGACAUAGACUUGGCUCCAUUACAAUGCUCUAUAUUUAAUAUUUACCAAAUUAAGCUUUUUAAAGCCUAUAUAUUAUUAUUAUUCACAAUAUGAAGUUGGAGGCACUAUUUAUGUGCUGAUAAGGGACGUUUCUAUAUAGUCGCAAUUUUCUUUGCAUGCCCUCACUUCAGUUUUAAAAAAUAAUUUUCAGAAGAACACAGAGGAAUAAAAAAAAUAUCGGCAACUAUCGGCAUAGAUUUGCCGCUAACCAAUAUUUCUAAAAAGCAACUAUCGGCACCGAUUAAUCGGUAAAACCGAUAUAUCGGUCUACCUCUACUAAUAAGAACACUGUUCAAUGUAGAAAACUUCUGUUUUAUCGUGUGAAUUUAUUCACUAAAUAUUUGCUAAACAAACCUGCACGAGUUCUGUGAUUUGAUUACUAGUAAAACUGAUUUUAAAAUAAACCUGCAACCUAAGAAAGGUGAAACUUUGUUCCUGAUGUCAGUUGUCCUUUAUUAGUGUCUGUAUCUUGUGUGGUUUUGCUUUAUUACUGUAGUCACUGUUUGCAUUAGCAGUGUUCAGAGCACAAAGAAUGCUGGAAAUUACCGCUUUCCUUACGUUUGUUUACUGUAUUUUUAAUGCCCUUUUGAAAAGUGGUUCUGUGAUCUACUGUAGAUUUUUAAUCUAAAAACACACUGACCCAAACUUUGUUUGUCUCCAGGAUUAUUUAUAUAUUUUAUGGAGCUGUGAAACUAUAUUAUACUGAAGUAUUGUGGGAUAAAACAUGUAUUAGAUGAGAAAGCAAAGCAGGUAAUGUAUUGAAUAAAUGAAUGAAUGUACUGGCACUUUUGAGCUGUAAUGGAGCAUGUGUUCUGAUAUAAGGAAAUGUCUAUGUAAUCCCUAAUAAAACAGUUCUGUACUCUUUCA